UUCUAAUUAAACAGUGAACUGUCAACCCACUUCAGUGUCUCUCUUUCCACACUUGGGCCAUAUCGAAAUCCUUCUGACACUCCAUUGCAAUACAUAUUGCAUUCUGUCAAUAUGUCUAAAUGCACCUUCAUGCAUUCUCAAAAUUUCUGUCUUCUACUGUCAUGGCACAUAUUUUAUAACAGGAGAAUAAUGUUACAGUCAUACAACAUGGAAACAGACCAUUCUGCCUUCCACUUGCACACUGACUAAUGGCAACACAUCUACAUUAAUCCCAUCUUCCAGCAUUUGCCCUAUAACCUUCAAUGCCAAGGCAUUUCAAGUAAUUUCUAUAGAUGUCUACACAUUUCUACUAUUGUACCAUGGAGAGCAUUCUAACUGGUUGCAUCACCAUCAACUACAGAGGGGCCACUGCACAGAAUCGGAAAAAGCUGCAGAAAGUUGUAAACUCGACCAGCUCCAUCAUGGGUGGUAGACUCCACAGCAUCGAGGACAUCUGCCAAAGGCGAUACCUCAGAAACGUUGGCUGCAUCCAUCAUCAAGGGCACCAGGACAUGCUGUCUCCUCAAUGAUCCCAUCAAGAGGAGAUACAGGAGCCUAAAGACCCACAAUGUUUCAGGAAAAGCUGCUUCCCCUCCACCAUCAGAUUUCUGAAUGGACAAUGAACCAUGAACACUUUUUUCUCUCUCUUUUUCUUACACUACUUACUCAGUUUAAUGUUUUUACAUAUACUUCUUAUUGUAAUUUACAGUGUUUUUAUUAUGUAUUGUACUGCUGCCACAAAACAACAGAUUUCACGACAUAUGCCUGUGGUAUUAAACCUAAUUUUGAUUUGUUUCUGAUACUCGUCUGGACACUCAGACCCCACUAUCAGGCAGUGCAUUUCAGAUGCUUACCACACUCAGGGUGACAAAGGGCAAGAGGUUUACAGGAUCCUCUAUAUCCUCUGAUUUUAUUUACCCCUGAUAAGAGAGAAAGAUUCUUGUAGUCUAUCCUACCUAAACCCUUCAUUAAGCCCCCUUUCUUCAAAUGAUGUAUGUUCUUAGAUCUGCAACAUAAAAUAUUUACAGGAGUAGAGUUUGAUUCAGUGUUUCCUAGGUUAGACAGCAACACCCUGGAAUUGAAGCUUGUGUAUUGGGAAAUCUUCGGCAAUGCUGGAAGAUAAGAAGUCUUGCAUUUACACAUGAACUUUUAAACAAAGGAACAAAGGUGUGGGGGUGUUGGCUCUUUAUCUGUCUCCCAACAAAAGGACAGUAAACUUUAUUGAGUAGUUCCUUUGACUGCACAAUGAAAUAUGCUAUUGUCUUGUGAGGAAUUGGGUUGGGAGAGGCUGCAUUCGAACUGUAGGGGGCAGAGUGGCUCCAGGAGCAUUUUGCGUCGGCUCCAAGUGCAAAUACCGAGGACCCACCUUUCCCUUUAAACAUUCUUAAAGGCGAAGUAGGAUUACACCGUCCCAGAUUGGUGAAGAAUGCAAGAUUAUAGCCGUUUCAAAUUUGUUUACAGUGAGUCAGAUAGCAGGCUGGGGAAGGGACACUGGGGAUAAGCAGCGAGAGAGGAAAGCAGUUCCCGGUAGGUGAAUCGAAUGUGAGGUUUGAGGUGUCUUGGGGAGAGAACUUUGCAAAGCUUUUCAGGUGAAUUCAACUUCGCUGGUUCGAGGUUGCACUUUUGUGUUGACAGCCUUAUUUACAAAUACAAAUAAAGAGAUAUUGACUGAGUCUGCAAAGUUUUAUUCCCCUACCACUUACGAAAACCUUUUAAAGAAUAAUUUAAGAUUUAAAAAUAUUAAAUCUGGAGCUCCUGUGACAUGCGUAGGGAUUUUACUUACGGCAUUGAUUUGGUUGACGAAGUAAUCGACGAAGACCUGUAAAGUGCAACAGGUGGGUUUCUGGGGACUGGACAAUGCUGGAUGGAUCUGGGAACUGCGCUGUGCAUACUUCACGCUGAGGACCACAUUUCUGGAUGUGUUCCUGCCCCGGACCCUUGCUGCUGACCCGCACCUCUCGUCGGCCUGGGGAACUGCAAGCCAUGCUCCGGGGCUUGGGGAGCACGGACAGCACGUCGCAGACUGCUCCGGGGGGCUGGCAGCCACGUGAACAGAACCCCAGCACUGGGACCUCGCAGCUGACCGACCCCAUCCAGGAGUUCGCGGACACUCUGGCCCAAUUUAAGGACACCCUUCAGGUUGAAGCAGAUGUUCCAGUGGAGCCUGAGCUCCUUCAGGAGCGCCUGAUGGCAAUGACAUUGGCUCUGGAGCUCGUCAUCGAUCACUAUCCAUCACUGAAUCCGAACAACAUCCUCCUAGAGACUGCAGCCAUGAUGGUGAAUAUGGUGCAGGGUUUACGUGCUCAGGACCAAAGCAACGAAAAGCCAAGACGUUACAGUGAAAUAUUCCGGGAGCUGGAUGCAUUUGAAAUUUCCUUUACCAGCUCCACGGUGGACCUUUUCAUGACAGAACCAGACAGCAGCUUAACUUCUCCAGAGCAUUCUCCAGAGGAGGAGAGUCUGGUGAAUGAGGAUUUGCUCCCAGUAGGCCAUGAUCACGUAAUGGAGGAGCGGGAUGAGUUCCAAACUUCAGUGAAAGAAGCUGAUGAAAUGCUGCUGAAGUGUGUAGGGGGUGUCGAUUCUGCACUGCUCUAUGCCAAACUCUGGGCCAAGUACACAAAGGACCUGUUGUCAUGGAUGGAGAAGCGGACUUCUGCUGAGAUUGAAUUCUCAAAGAACAUAAUUAAAAUGGCAGACACAAGCAAGAGCUUGAUCAACCAAGAGAAGUUUAUGCCUUUCCAAUACAUCUACACAAUGGCCUUGCAGCAUGACAUCCAACAAGGAGAGAAGACAAUUAAAACCAUGUGUUUGCUGCAGGAGGGCAAAUACAUAAAGCCGCUCAUGCUGAAAAAGAACGAGGUGGAGAAGCAGCGGCGAGAGUUCAAGGAGCAAUGGCAAAGGGAGCAGCGCAGAAUGAAUGACGCCUUAACAGCACUGCGGAAAUCUAAGCACCUGUACUUCCAGCGCUGUGAGGAAUUCGAAAAGGCAAAACAGCAAAGCGCCAAGGCUGAGGAAGAACAGAUUUUGCUGAGUAUGAGUGGCACUUACCCAGGUAGUGCCAGCAAGCAACUUGAGAAACGCAGACGGUCAAAGGAUGAAGCACAUUUGAAGGUUCAGGAGGCCGAAGUGCAUUACAAGAACUGUGUUCGUGAGGCCAACCUCAGACGUAAAGAAAUGGAGAAAAUGAAAGUCGAUAUCAUAACACAGCUUCGCAAACUCAUCUGCCAUGGUGACCACAUACUAAAAUUGGUCUCUAUGAACAUGUUCCACAUGAAACAGGAGCAGAUCCAGCAGGUGCCAUUCUCCUUACAGCAACUGAAUGAGAACAUCAAAAUACAUGAACCUGCCGAGAAAUAUGUUGAAUUUGUUCAAAACUUGGACAAGAAGAUGCUGUCCGCAGAGAGCUAUGAAUUUGAGGAGUUUUCUACUCCCAGUAGGAGGUCCUCCCCCACUGGAAGGAGAAAAAGUGCUGCCCCAUUGGUCCAUCGAACAUCAGCAUCAUCUGGUGACUUCCCAAAUUUGCCAGAAGAGUUUGAAAGCAAACUCACAACUCAGAAUAUAGCUGGAGUUAAAGCUGGUUUAAGUGAUUCAGACAGCACCGGCAUCAGCAGCGAGUCUCGUUCCCUUGAUUCACCGAUGUCCAGUCCAGCUCAUUUUGGAAGAAAAUUUCCAAAGACCACAGUACCAGGGAUGUCUCCAGAUGAUUUCGAUGAAAGGGAUGGGAGCUAUUUACAAGAUAAUGAUUUGACAGAUUUACUUAAUGAGACAUCGAAAACCCCAACAACUUUCAAAAACUGUGUGCUAUCUAAAGCUGCACAAACACACCGAUUUCGGAAACUCAGGGCCCCAACCAAAUGCCGAGAGUGUGACAGCCUUAUUGUGGUGAAUGGUGCUGAGUGCGAGGAGUGUUACCUGGCAUGUCAUAGAAAGUGUCUCGAGUCCACUGCAAUUUUGUGUGGGCACCGUAAGCUGCAGACCAAGAUCUCUCUAUUUGGAGUCGACUUUGCUCAGGCACCGAGAGAGUCAGCUGAUGAGGUGCCUUUCAUUAUCAGAAACUGCACAGCAGAGUUAGAGCGACGGGCAAUGGACGUACAGGGCAUCUAUCGAAUGAAUGGUUCAAAGAUACGCAUCGCCAAACUGCGCCAGUCCUUUGAAAAUGGGAGGGGCCUCACUGACAUGUCUGAAAACUCGCCUCAUGAUAUUACAAACUUGUUAACCCUGUACCUUCGAGAGCUCCCAGAGCCAAUUGUUCUCUUCAGCCUCUAUGAUGAUUUUAUGAAGUUUGCCAAAGAGUUACAGCAGGUCUGUGAAGAGCUGAAGGAAUGUCAGACCAAGGAAGCACCCACAGCAACUGAUAAAGUACAACAGCUCAUCCAGAAGUCCAAGGAUUUGCUGCAGAAUCUUCCAGUUUCCAACUACAACACUUUGGAGCACCUUAUCGGGCAUCUCUUCAGAGUGGCGGAACGAAGUGAAGAAAACAAAAUGUCUUCGAAUAAUUUGGGAAUAAUCUUUGGCCCCACACUAAUUCGAUCUCAAGCUCCAGAAGAUGCAGUUUCCCUGGUGAACUCGGGAUACCAGGCUCAAGUUGUAGAUUUUCUAAUCAUGCACUACCAUCAAAUAUUUGAGCCCAAGCAAGACUCUUGGACUCCUGCAGCGAGGAAUUCUCCAGUGGAAUCUGCUGCAAGUAGAGUGGGUGAGGACCUGAAUUCAGCAAAAGGCAGGAGCCAGUCCAUAGAGAGCCUGGUUCUGAAGCGGCAUUCAAGUGAAGGAUAUGUGUCGGACAGAUCUUCAUCAAACGAAGCACUGGAUGACACACAAGACCAGCGAAGAGUCAGUUCGGAUAGCUAUGAGAUGCCAGGUCUGGUGGACAGACUGCGAGCUGGCUCAGAAGACACACAUUCUCUGGACAGCCAGGAUGCGGAAUGCGAUGGCGGCACUGACUGCUCCCCGCGAAGCACCUUCAACCGGCAGCCUGGCAAAUACCAGCGGUACGGUCAGGCCAAGACCCGGCCCGUCAUCCCGAGGCCAUCGGCCCUUCCCAUCAUCACGGCCAACAUGCCGGCGACAGCAGAGUCACCCGACCUGGCGGCAGCUGAUUGUGGGGCGGCGGCCGCAGACACCGAGAGGCGGGCGCGGGCCAAAACCACCGGCUCCAGCCGCAGCUCGUCACCAGACAGCGGCACGCUGCGACGUUCUGGCGGCAAGCACAAACGGUUUGAGAUGACGGUGGGAACGGCUCGCUUGGUGUCCAAACUGCAGGAAAGGCGGCGGGUGGAGAGCACUGAGGUGGCUGCAUUUCCAUCAGCGCCUGAUGGCGGCCAGGGCUCAGUGUCAAUAGUACAUCUAGGGGACCUUGAAACAGAGCACACCCAGCACGCGGCCACCGCAAGUGACAAUAAUGGCAGCACCCAACAGGGGAGCCUCGGGAUGGAGUGGCCGCAGCACAUGGCCGAAAAGGGCGAAGUAACUGACCAGCUGGGGCACCCCAAAACAGAGCCGGAGCAGCACCCGGACCCACAGGGGCACCUCGAGAUGGAGCACGCGGGCGCCGAACUGAACACGAACCAAUCAAACAACACCUCGAGCGAGCAGACGUUGACACAGGUCAGGGACCGGCGGGACGUGGCGAGGAUGCUGCACGUGCUGCGUCACAGGCAGCACCUCGAGGACAGGAAGGCUUAUUUCGUGUGAUUGACGGGGCAGUGACGACGCACUAGUGUCAGUCCAACCUCUGACCCCCUCAAAAUGAAGAGUCAAGCAAGAGAGUGGGAGCAGAUGGAGAGAGGCCACAUGAGAUGGAUGACCCAAGCAUUGUGAAAUAGGACAAGUAUAUAUUUUGCAAAUGUUCUCCUAUACAGAGAGAAACAUAUAUUUUGUCAUAAUUGUGAUUCCUUAAGACAUUUUAUAUGUAUAAUAGACAUUCUUCAAUGUGAUAAAGACUGCGAACAAC